GCCCGCCUCUGUCGUGCGGGGCGAGUCCAUUGCGUUCCGUGCGGGGGGAGCUGCGGACCCGGAUGCUGUCUCCUGGUCCGGUUCGGAAAGCGGAGGAGGAGCGGAGAUAGCGUCCGUGGGAGAAGAGAAGGGGUAGUCCUGCCGCAGCCGGGGUGUCUGAUCGGGCGGGGGGAGCCGCUUUGUCCGGGCGGCUCUCCCCUCCCCCCUCCGCCCCCCCUGCGUCCCGGCGGGGGAUGGUGUGUCCCGCAGCGCGCGCCUUGCUCGCGCGGUUCGGCGGCUCGGCAGGGGGAGGGGACGGGAGACCCGGGUUUCGGCGGCUCUCCACAGUGAGCGCGGGGGAUAUUGGGGAGGGGGCGAAGGGGGGGGCGCGCGCGCGGCGGUGCGGGCGGCGGCCUCGGCCGGGACCAUGUCGGCGGACGAGGAGGAGCUGAAAGUCCCCGAGGAGAUGUUCAAAGAUGUCAAGUUCUUCGCGGUGGGAGACAUCGACCCCAAGGUAAUUCAGCUUCUGAAAGCUGGGAAAGCAAAGGAAGUUUCUUACAAUGCACUGGCUUCACAUAUUAUUUCAGAAGAUGGGGACAAUCCAGAGGUUGGAGAAUCUCGUGAAGUCUUUGAUCUCCCUGUGGUAAAGCCUUCCUGGGUGAUCUUGUCUGUUCGCUGUGGAGCUCUUCUGCCGGUAAACGGCUUUUCUCCAGAAUCCUGUCAGAUCUUUUUUGGAGUCACUGCUUGUCUCUCUCAGGUUUCAUCUGAAGACCGAAGUACGCUGUGGGCUUUGAUUACUUUUUAUGGAGGGAAUUGCCAGCUGAGCCUCAAUAAUAAGUGUACUCAUUUGAUUGUGCCUGAGCCAAAGGGGGAGAAAUAUGAAUGUGCUUGUAAACGGGACAGCAUUAAAAUUGUGACACCGGAUUGGGUACUAGAUUCUAUAGCUGAGAAGGCUAAAAAAGAAGAGACUCCUUAUCAUCCUCGCUUAGUCAUAUACGAGGAGGAAGAAGAGGAGGAGGAGGAAGAAGAGGAAGAAGCUGAAAAUGAAGAACAAGAUUCUCAAAAUGAAGCUAGUACGGAUGAAAAAUUAUCAAGCCCAGCAUCUUCUCGAGAAGGAUCACCUUUGGGUGAUCAAGCUUUUUCACCGAAAUCCAGUACUGCUGAUAAGGCAAAAGGGGAACUGAUGUUUGAUGAUUCUUCAGAUUCCUCUCCGGAAAAGCAAGAAAGGAAUUUGAACUGGACACCAGCUGAAGUCCCACAGGCAGCUGCAGCGAAGCGUAGGUUGCCUCAAGGCAAAGACUCUGGGUUAAUUAAUUUAUGUGCCAAUGUCCCACCAGUGCCAGGUAAUAUUUUGCCUCCAGAUAUCAGAGGCAAUUUAAUGGCUUCAGUACAAGGUGCCCAAACUUCUGAUCGACAAGAAAUGAUGGCUACAUGGAGUCCAGCAGUACGGACGUUAAGGAAUAUUACUAAUAGUGCUGAUAUUCAGCAGAUUAAUAGACCAUCAAAUGUAGCACAUAUCUUACAAUCACUUUCAGCACCUACAAAAAGUUUAGAACAACAAGUAAAUCAUAGUCAACAGGGACAUCCAAAUGCAGUGCUGUUUAGUCAAGUGAAACUAACACCAGAGACACAUUUAUUGCAGCAGUCACAUCAAGCACAGCCGCAACAGCACCAUCCUCUUUUACACCUUCAACCUCAACAACUUAUGCAGCUACAACAGCAGCAGCAGCAGCAGCAACAGCCCCAGAUUUCCCAGCAGUCUUUCCAACAGCAACAGACUCAUCAGUUUUCCCAACAGCAACAGCAAGUUCAUCAGCAACACCAGUUUGCACAGCAGCAGCUUCAGUUUCCACAGCAGCAGUUACAUGCUCAACAACAGCUACACCGGCCUCAGCAACAGCUCCAGUUUCAACAGCAGCAUGCUUUGCAACAGCAACUCCAUCAGCUGCAGCAGCAGCAACUACAGCAGCAGCAGUUACAGCAACUCCAACAACAGAACCUUCAGCAACAGCAGCUGCAACAUCAUCAUCAGCAGUUACAGCAGCAGCAACUGCAGCAGCAGCAUUUACAACGAUUACACCAACAGCAUCAGCAGCAGCAAAUGCAGAAUCAGGCAACACAACACUUAACUCAAACAUCUCAAGCACUACAGCAUCAAGUUCCAGCCCAGCAACCACAACACCACCAGCAGCAACAGCCACAGCUGCAACAGCAGCAGCUUUUUGGACAUGAUCCAGCGGUAGAGAUUCCAGAAGAAUAUUUCCUACUGGGCUGUGUUUUUGUAAUUGCUGAUUACCCAGAACAAAUGUCUGAUAAGCAUCUGUUAGCGACCUGGAAACGGAUUAUUCAAGCACAUGGUGGGACAGUGGACCCUACACUUACAAGCAGAUGUACCCAUCUUCUUUGUGAAAGCCAAGUCAGUAAUAUGUAUGCUCAGGCUUUACGAGAAAGGAAGAGAUGUAUUACAGCACAUUGGCUGAACUCAAUCUUGAAGAAGAAGAAAAUGAUACCACCUCAUCGAGCUCUUCAUUUUCCAGUGGCAUUUCCACCAGGAGGAAAGCCAUGCUCUCAACACAUAAUCUCCGUGACUGGAUUUGUUGAUAGUGACAGAGAUGAUCUCAAACUAAUGGCCUACCUAGCAGGUGCCAAAUACACAGGUUAUCUGUGUCGCAGCAAUACAGUUCUCAUCUGUAAAGAACCCAGUGGCUUGAAGUACGAAAAAGCGAAAGAGUGGAGAAUACCAUGUGUAAAUGCACAAUGGCUCUGUGACAUACUGCUAGGAAAUUUCGAAGCGUUGCGGCAGAUACAGCACAGUCGAUACACAGUAUUCAGUCUUCAAGAUCCACUUUCUCCUAGUCAGCAUCUAGUUCUAAACUUACUGGAUGCUUGGAGAGUACCAUUAAAGGUAUCACCAGAGCUUGUAAUGGGUGUGAGGUUGCCUUUGAAACCAAAGCAAAACGAGGCCAGUCUUCAGCCAUCUUCUAAAAGAGCAAGGAUUGAAGACCUACCACCACCUACUAAAAAACUCACCCCAGAGCUGACUCCAAUGGUGCUCUUCACAGGAUUUGAACCUAUGCAAGUUCAACAGUACAUCAAGAAGCUGUAUAUCCUUGGGGGUGAAGUAGCAGAAUCUGCCCAGAAAUGCACCCAUCUAAUUGCCAGUAAAGUGACCCGUACUGUCAAGUUCCUGACGGCAAUUUCAGUAGUCAAGCACAUAGUCACUCCAGAAUGGUUAGAAGAGUGUUUCAAAUGCCAGAAGUUUGUUGAUGAGCAGAACUUUGUGCUCAGAGAUGCUGAAGCUGAGGUUCUUUUCUGCUUUAGUUUAGAGGAAUCUCUGAAGAGAGCGCAAGUAGCUCCACUUUUUAAGGGAAAAUAUUUUUACAUUACACCUGGAAUUUGUCCUAGUCUUUCCACCAUGAAAGCUAUUGUGGAAUGCGCAGGAGGAAAAGUUUUAUCUAAACAGCCUUCUUUUCGAAAACUUAUGGAGCAUAAACAGAAUAAAAGUUUGCCGGAGAUAAUCUUGAUUUCCUGUGAAAAUGACCUUCACUUAUGUCGAGAAUAUUUUGCUAGAGGCAUAGAUGUCCACAAUGCGGAGUUUGUCCUGACUGGAGUACUUACUCAGACACUGGAUUAUGAAUCAUAUAAAUUUACUUGAUGGAUAGUAAAAUGCCUUACUGCUUCGGAAUCCUUGGAGCAUUAAACCUAACUCUUCAGCCAUUGUACAAAGUAACUAAAACUUCCUGUGGAUGCUGUUUUCCAGCUGUUUUCCUAGGGAUGAUGAGCAGUUUAAAGCAGGAAAGCAAAAAUGAACUGCAUCGUUUUUAGGAUGUGUAAUUUUAUUAUGAGGAAACAUAAUUUACUAUGUUUUGUAUUAUACUACCAUUUUAAAAAAAGCCCACUUUAGGUAUCAUGAUAAGCCAGUUUUUAAGCAUUUUAACAUAAACAGUGGUACUUCAGCCAAAAGUGUAAUUUGGAUGUAAAAAUAAAAGGGCUUGCUGUCUAUUAAAUUAUGGAUGUUGAAGAUGAAAAUGUUUUGUACUUUAUUUUUAUUUCCUAUACUCUAUUUUCUUUUAUAUUGAUAUUUUGCCCACAUUUUAAAUAAAUGUACUUUUAAAUGUUUGACUCUAUAUUUUAGUGGUGGUUCAUUUUUUUGAAUACUGUGCAACUAUGGCACUCUGGUAAGAGUAAAUUACUCUAAUCUUUUUCCAAGCAAUGUAAAAUUAUUUUAAGCUUAUUUUACCAGGUAUGUUUUAAUAUAUAAAAGCCCAGUACUUUAAAGGGAAAUUGUUGUAAGUGUAUAAAUGUGUUUUUUACUGAUACAAAGAAAUAGCUUGAAGGAAGGAGCAGCUAUAACCCUACAUACUAUGUUGUUGUGAAAACUUUUCUUUGUAUAGUGAGUUUUACUAAGUAAAUAUUAAAAAACAAUCUCCCAAAUCUAUAUUCAACUUGUAUUUCCUAACACACACAGAGGUCUUAUAAUCCAACUUUACCAUUUUAUCACUUUAGAUUCUUAUAAAUGAAAAAUCAUCCUGAAAACAUUUACUCUUUAAUCAGUAAAGCCAUUAAACUGAUGGGGAAUGCAGAUAUUCAGUUGACUGUAUAGCAUUGAGCAUGUUAUGGCACCUUGUGAAUCAGGCAAAGAACAAGAGAUUAAAACUAUUUUAAACUGUGGCUCACCACACUUUUUCAAGCAUUUUGCAAUUUUGUGCAGAAUCAUUUUACAGAAAAGCUUUUACAAAUACAGUAACAUUUAACUGAGAAAAGCUGCUGUUUUGAGCUUACGCAAGCUUUCUAUGGGCAAGUUAUUAAUUUCAAAUCUCUCUUUUGUGUCGAGGCUUAAAAUGUAAGUCCACCUGAUAUUUGACCACUUUUUGUGUUGCCUUUCUUUUCAUGCCUUAGUUCAGCAAGGUGCUUAAGCAAAUGACAAACUCAAGCUAUAAGAACACAGUGAGAGUAAAUUUUACAGUGAGUGAAGUCUCACUGAGGUCAAUACUAUGCCUAUUAACUGUCACUGCAGGCAUUGGGUUCUUGAGCUAACCUGAUUUAUUCCUGUAUUUUUUUUUUCUUAUUGUAAGUAAUAAGGGGCUACAUGAUGAUGACAGUAACAUUUCUAUCAGUAUGAUUUUUGGUAAGGUAACAAAUUGUAGAAAAUGCAAGUUUCUUGCUUUGGCUCAGGAUGUUUUUAGAUGUAUCUGAAGUUAAAAUGGUGUGGCACAGGGUGGGGAAAAUGGUACUUUUCCCCAAAUUCCACUUACUUGUAACAGCAGGGUUAAGUAUGUUUGAGUUCAGCUUUUCAUGAUACAAUCUCCUUUUCAUUACAAGAUUAAGUAAAAAAAUCUUCAAUGUGGAGAGUUAACUCUGGAAGUUGAUAAUGUUUUUUUAUACUUAAAUUUCUGAAAGGAAGGAGGGGAAUGCAAUGGGAGUUAAUUGUUCUUGUCUGAAUAACUUGUAAUUUACACAGUUAGACUUGGCUAGUCUGGUCUCUUUUUAUUGUGAAUGGGGUGAGAGAGCACCUCUAAAACAUGACUCAGAGGCCCCUGCAGAGAGCACAUCUCUUAGCAGAAGGAGUUGAACAAACUAACUUUUGACUAGGUGUCUACUUUUUUAGACAACUGAAGAUGGGUGAGGUGAAUCCCACCAUAAAGAACAACAGUAGUGCAUUGCAAAAAUACUAUUUUAAUAGAGAACAAGAUAUACCAUUUUUUCUCUUCAAAUACACUUUGGAAGCUGUAUUACUAAAAAUCAUUUAAAUCUGUGAUAAUGGCUUAAGAUUUUCUUCAUUACAUUACUCAUCAGCUUGCAGAAAGUCUUUAGAUGCAUUUUACUUUAAAACAAACAUCAGCUGUUGUAACUUUUGGACUUUUGAAAAUGUUCUGACACACAAAACUUCUUACCUGAAUAAAUAUUUCUACCGAUCAUA